GAGAAUGCAACAAACCAAGACACUCAGACACCCCCGAAGUAAGCAAGAUGCCAAAUUGCCAAGUGAUCAACUUAUCCACGGCACGCUAAUCUCGAAACUCAGUCGCCAAGCAUCACAAUUAAGCAAAAUGUGUUACAGAAGUAAAAAAGAUGGGACCUUUAUUACGGCUAAUGGGUUUCAUAAAUCACUUUAUUACAUUUUCUUGAUUGUUGUGAUGGCUAACUGGAUAGUGAUGGCCGCCGAAGAAGAAGAUCGAAUUCCCACCACCUUGGAUGGCCCUUUCAAGCCUGUGACGAGGAGGUUCGACCCUUCAUUGCGCCAAGGCAGUGAUGACUUGCCCAUGGAACAUCCCAGGCUCCAGAGGAAUGUAACCUCCAUGUUUCCUGAGCAGGUCGCUCUUGCAUUAUCCACCCCUACUUCUAUGUGGGUCUCUUGGGUCACUGGGGAAUCUCAGUUUGGAUUGAAUGUGACGCCACUAGAUCCAACAAAAGUAAGAAGCGAGGUGUUUUAUGGAAAAUCAAGUGGGGUCUACACAAAGACUAACACUGGGGUUUCAAUGGUUUACAGUCAGUUGUAUCCAUUUGAAGGUCUAUGGAAUUACACUUCUGGCAUUAUUCAUCAUGUUAAAAUCGACGAUCUUGAGCCUGAGACAAAGUAUUACUACAAGUGUGGAGACAGUGUUUUAGGCUCAAUGAGUGAGGAGUUUGUGUUUGAGACCUUGCCUUUGCCUGCACCUCACAAGUAUCCUCGUCGAAUAGCUGUGGUUGGAGAUUUAGGCCUCACAAGCAAUUCAACUACAACCAUUGAUCAUCUCAUCACGAAUGAUCCUUCAAUGGUAUUGAUGGUAGGGGACAUGACAUAUGCAAAUCAGUACGUUACAACCGGUGGAAAAGCAGCCUCUUGCUAUUCAUGUCAGUUUCCCGAUUCACCCAUCCGGGAGACCUAUCAACCUCGUUGGGAUGGAUGGGGAAGGUUUAUGGAACCAUUGACCUCAAGAGUUCCAAUGAUGGUCAUAGAAGGCAACCAUGAGAUUGAACCCCAAGCAGAAGCAGUAACAUUUAAGUCAUAUUUGACAAGAUUUUCGGUCCCUUCAAAUGAAUCGGGAUCUAUGAGUAACUUCUACUACUCAUUUAAUGCUGGUGGUGUACAUUUCAUAAUGCUUGGGGCCUAUGUUGACUACAACAGAACUGGUGCUCAGUAUAGUUGGCUAAUAGAAGACUUGAAGAAAUUAGAUCGCAGCAUAACUCCAUGGCUUGUUGCUGCAUGGCAUCCUCCUUGGUAUAACAGCUACUCAUCACACUAUCAGGAAUUUGAGUGCAUGAGGCUACAAAUGGAACAAGUCUUGUAUCACUAUGGAGUUGACAUUGUAUUUUCUGGACAUGUUCAUGCAUAUGAGAGGAUGAACCGUGUGUACAACUAUACUCUGGAUCCUUGCGGGCCAGUCUACAUAACAGUGGGGGAUGGUGGUAACAUAGAGAAGGUUGAUGUUGAUUUUGCAGAUGAUUACGGGAAGUGUCCAUCUGGUGGUGAUAAUAGACCAGAAUUUGGAGGUGUAUGUCACAUGAACUUCUCAUCUGGCCCCGCCAAAGGAAAAUUUUGCUGGGACAGACAACCCGAAUGGAGUGCAUAUAGAGAGAGCAGUUUCGGACAUGGAAUACUUGAGGUUAUAAAUUCCAGUCAUGCACUAUGGACUUGGCAUAGGAAUCAGGAUGUUUACAAGAACAACGCUCAUGGUGAUCAGAUAUACAUUGCAAGGAAGCCUCAGGGUUGCUCCAUAUCUUCUGACUUCUGAGUUUUUGUUCUUCUUCCCUGCUUCACUAUAUUUUUUAAACCGAGCACUGGACUCCCAAUAUUCCAAAAGAGUGCCAGGCAAUGGAAAUUAAGCUAAAGUGCUCAAUAAUACUCCGCAUUAAACAGGGGUCUCAGUUGAGAGGAAGAGGGGAGAAUUUUCAGAUGAAGAAACGCUACAGAAUAGCUCUGAAGAACUCCUGAAAGGCUCUGAACGAUUCUGAAGAAGAGGAGUAGACCAAGCCACGAAUUUUAUUAAGAAUGUAUGAAUAAUCCUUUGUGAUUUCAUCGAUUCUUGAUAAAAUAAAUCCAAAAGUUGAAGAACGUUCGAAGAUCUGAAGAACGAAGCUUGAAGAUUUGAAGAUCGGAAGAACAAUGCUUUGAAGAUUCGAAGACCUGAAGAACGAAUCUUUGAAGAUUUGAAGAUAUUCAUAUGAAGAUUGAGUCAAGAUUCAAUUCAAGACCAAGCCACAUAUCCCGGGAGACUCUUAAACAGAAGAUCAAGCCACAAAACGGCCCUUUUGUUGAAGAUCAAGCCACUUGAAAACCGGAGGCCCUUCAAGCUGAAUUCUUAAAUCAAGAAUAUCUGAAGAUUCAAAGAACGAAGAUUCGAAGAUUCAAAGAACAAAACUUUGAAGGUUUGAAGAUUCGAAGAACGAAGGUUCGAAGAUUUGAAGAUCUGACGAACGUUCGAAUAUUUGAAGAAUUAAAGAUUUAAUUUUGAAUUAAUUUCUUUAAUUAUAUUUAUUUCAAAUUGCAAGUGAAGAAUCAGAGGAUUCAUAUUUAGAGAUUGUACCCAAUAUUCUCACAUAUUAUUAUUUGCGAUCAAUUUUAAGUAAAUAUCCUUCAUGUCAAAAUGCAA